AUGAAAACACACGAAUUGAACAAACUAAAUACACCAAAUCUUAUAGUGAGUGCACUCUGGUUGCUGCUUCACAGCGUCUUCUCCUGGACGGAGUAUUUAUUGCGGUAUUUACGACGUAGCCGGAAAGCCAUUCAACGCAUCCAGCCACUAGGAACAGCUGUAGAAUCAUACCGCAUGAAACAAUCGCAGCAGUACGUGAAGACGCAGCUUCAGGCGGUAUCUAAAAUUCCAACGCAUCUUGUGGUGCUACUAGGACCUGAACAACCUCACUAUUUACGACUAUCGCAGUUCAUUUACUGGUCGUAUGCAGCCGGUAUUGCGUACGUUAGUUUUUAUGAUCACAAUGGUACCAUUAAACGUAAUAACGAACAGAUCAAACGAUGUGUAAGCGAAUUACCAUUAGAAGAUAAACUUCAUAUCCGAUGGUCGGAUCAAGACCGCGAAUCGAUUAAUACGAACCAAGUAUCGUCAAAUGAGCGAUGUACGCUUGUGAGCUUUCUUUCCCCUGAGGACGGUAAACAGGGCCUGGUUAGUCUGAGCCGCUCGAUUGGUCAAUCAGUACGGCGUCGUGAUCUGUUUCCUUCCGAUGUAAGCAUCGAAUUCUUGGAAAGUCGGCUGCAAGCAUCGUCCGGCUACGUGCCUGAUCCGGAUUUGGCCGUUUACUUUGGUGAAGUAUGUUCCACGUAUGGGCUGUUGCCGUGGCAGAUACGGCUCACAGAAUUUCUGCCACUUGAGUGGCGACUGGAGGACAGCAACGAACACCAUUUCGUCGAUUGUUUGCUUCGGUUCGCCAAGUGUGAGCAACGUUUGGGAACAUAG